UGGAAUUCAUUUCCUGUUCUGCAGCUCUCAGCGAGCGAGGAGUCAUGGCUGAAAACUCUGAGCUGAACACGAUGAAGGAGCGCUGACUCCUCUCGUCUCCUGCUGGACUCUACUCCUCUGCAGGAGGACCGAGGAGGACCGAGGAGGAGGACCGAGGAGGGGGUCCGCCAUGGCUGAGCCCCUGCUGAAGAGGACCUUCUCCAGGCUGAGGGGCAGAGACAGAUCCCGCAGGAAGACAGACCCCAAACUGAGCGAUGUUCCAGUAAAGCCUGACACUGUCCUCCAGUCGUCUUCCUCACCAUCAUCACCAUCGAUGAUGACCACAAGAACUCCGACAGACCCUGAUCCCGCCUCGACCCCACACAACCACAUCACAGUUGCCAAGAAACAGUCGUGGGCACGGCAGGGCUCUGUGGCUCCGCCCACCGCCCUGCACUCAAGCUCCGCCCCAAGAACCUCUGACCGGGAGCGACCAUCAGGGAUAUCCCAGGAUGCAUCUGGGCAGGCCUGGAGUCAGAGGCUAGCACAGGAUAAGACAGAGAAGUGCAGCGACCGGAUGUGCAUCAGUCUGGCCUUGGAUAUGACCAGCACCCCCUGUGCUCCUGUCAGUUCUACGACAGUCCACCAGGAAGCCCCGCAGCCAACAGGGAGCACUCCUGAUGUGGCCGCCACCUCCGUCAGCGCCAAGUCUGGCCAGCGGGCCUAUCUGCAAAGCCUGGAUCGCAGCAGCCGAGCCUGGGUGCUGUCUUCAGGAAAAACCCAGGCUUCAGACGAGGCCUUUGGGCUGCAGGAGGAGAGCAGCAGCAACAUCUGGUACAACCCUAUUCCUGAGGAGGAGGACGCAGGAGGUCCACGCAGGGAGGAGGACAUAUGGAGGAGGAGGGAUGAGAGGGAGGAAGGAGGUGCAACAAAGAGGACGGGAGAUUCCAGAGCCGAGCUGGGAGGAGAGUGGGUCGGGUCAGCAGAGAGUCGUAGCAGUGACUUUCCACUAGAGGGUGCCAAUCCAAGUGUCAGCCACCAUACUGAUGACAUUGCAACAGAACACACAGACUACCCUCUGUCAGACUCUAGCCCCGCCUCCCAAAAGAAAGGGGGUGUGUCCGGCAGUGUGAUUGACAGGCUGAAAUCACCUGGAACAGUGAGGAAACUCUCCCUAAAGAUGAAGAAACUUCCCGAGUUGCGCCGUAAACUCAGCCUUCGCUCCUCCUCUCGUGCCCAACGCCAGGGAAACGACAGCAGAGGGGGCGGGGACGAGUCGACCAGUAAGAAUGCAACAACAUCGUCAGCCUUGUCCAACCAGAAUGUGAUCAGCAGAUAUCACCUGGAUAGCUCUGCCCCUCCAGCCAGACCACUGCGACGAUCAUCGAGAGGACGCUCUGCCAGCAAAGGAGGUUAUCUUAGUGAUGGGGACUCCCCUGAGCUGCUGCCACGGCAACAGGCUCCUCCCCUUCCGACUUCCCACGAAACGGCGUGCGACGUCAAUUCUUUCCGACUGUACGUGGGCUCCGAUCUGCAGCGCUGCAGCCAGCGGGUGACGGGCUUACUGACGGUCCACCUGCUGGGCCUGGAGGAGAUGAAGACCAGCAGGUCAGAGGGCAGUAAGGAGGUCUUCCUCGCCAUCCAGAUUGACGGGGUGACGAGAGCGAGGACCGCCCUCCUGAGCCUGCGAGGCUCUGCCCUCUCUUUAAACCAUGCCUUCCACCUGGAGCUGGAAAGGGCUCGGCAGCUCCGCAUAGUGGUGUUAACACCAGCCAACCCACAACCUGGAGGGUCUAAACCAGGGACGGAUCAGGGUCAGACUUCAGGUGGUCCAACCCGAAACAGAGUCUGCUGUCUGGGUGGAGUCUCCAUCCCUCCACUUUUUAAAGGGAGUCGAAGUCAGCAGCUCUGUGUGAAGCUGGAACCCCGAGGUCUUCUUUAUGUCAAACUGUCACUGCAAGAAAAAUGGGACACACAGCCCAGCUGUGACACAUCAGUACCUGCUAAUGUGUUUGGGGUUGAACUGCACCACCUGGUGGAGAAGGAAGGAUCUUCGUCCCCGAUCCCUCUGCUGAUCCAGAAAUGUGUGGCAGAGAUAGAGCGACGAGGACUGAAGGUGGUGGGUCUGUACAGACUUUGUGGUUCGGCUGCAGUGAAGAAGGAGCUCAGGGAUUGGUUUGAGAGGAACAGCUCAGCUGUCUGCCUCAGUGAGGACCUCUACCCCGACAUCAACGUCAUUACAGGUAUACUGAAGGACUACCUGCGGGAGCUGCCGUCUCAGCUCAUCACCAGGACUCUCUAUCAGGUCGUCAGGGAGGCCAUGACCCUGCGACCCCCACCUGCACCGCCCGCGACCCCUGACCCUCAGCUGGCCCAGAGCACCGUGGAGCUGCUGUCCUGCCUCCCGCCUCCAGAGAGGGCCACCCUGUCUCUCUUGCUGGACCACCUCAGCUUGGUGGCGUCCUUCAGCCCGUUCAACAGGAUGACGCACCAGAACCUCGCCGUCUGCUUCGGCCCGGUGCUCCUCACCCCGACCCAGGAGGCGUGGAGGGCGGGAGGAGGAGGAGGAGGAGGAAGGGGAGGAAGAGGAGGAGGGAAGGGGUUAGGUCAUGGCGAAGAGAUAGCGAGCGCGGUGGAUUUCAAACGACACAUCGAGGCGCUACACUACCUGCUUCAGCUGUGGCCAGUGCCGACACAUCGAGUCCCAGCAGAUGACAUCACCUCACCUCCCCCCACCGCCCUUACCCCUAAGCCCCUGGGUCAGCAGCUGCAGCGGCAUCCCGCACUGCGAUUGGCUCUGCCCCAGAACCCGGAGGACGUGGUGGUGUCACGUCGGGGUCGUGGCGGUCUCGCCCGGCUGGAUAGUCCGCCACCCAUCAAUCGGUACGCCGGAGACUGGAGCAUCUGUGGGCGAGAUCUUCUGUCCGGACAGGAGGCCGAUUACGACGAGGUGGCAGGAAGUGAGAGUGACGGAGGCAGCGGGGAUGAAGAGGAGGAGGAGAAGAAGGAGGCGUGGUCGUCCGGAGGAGGAGGAGGAGGUCUGUACGUGGACGAGUUUAUGGAUUUUGAUGCUCCAUUUAACUGUCGACUCAGUCUGAAGGACUUUGAUACUCUGAUCCACGACUUGGACCGAGAGCUGGCCAAACAGAUCAACAUCUGUCUGUAGAGGAGGAGGAGGAGGAGGAGGAGGAGGAGAGGAAGAGGAAGAAGAAGAGGAGGAGGAGGAGGAGGAGGAGGAGGAGUGGUCAGAAGUCUGACACGUUAAAUCACAGUCUGUAAAUCUGAAUUUAAUUUGACCUCAAUUAAGUUAAAAAACUUUACUUCAGAAAAAAUUAAUUAUAAAUAAAGUUUUUGGACAACUGACCUCCAACCAGCUGUUACUUUGACCUCUGACCUCCUCACAGCUUCCUCUGAUCGUUACAGAGACUUUUUCAGAGACUUUUUCAGGACACCAAAUCUUGAGAAAACCUUCAGAUUUUUCAGCAUUACAAUUUUCUCUCACAAUAAAAAGCUGAAAUCCCAUAAAUAUGAGAGUUGUACGGUGGCCCAGAGACGUCAUACGAACUGCAAAAGCCACAAAACGAAUGCAAAAGCCGGGAGUGAGGCAGGUUCCUUCGCAUUACCUUAUCAUUUAUUUAUUGUUUAUGGCAUUCAAUAACACACAAUAAUAAUAAUAAAAACAAUAAUAUGAAGUUCAUUGGUCAAUAUGUUGUAAACUAAAUAAGAAAUCAAUAAGCUUUAAGCAACUAUUGAUCAGCUUCAGCUGAUGAUGAUCCGCAGAAGGUUCGGUAGCAAUCGAACCAACGGUUCAGGAGGACCAUCUGGCCGACUGGGCUCAUGAACCUCAUCGUUUCCUGUUAUUGGACCAAGUGUCUACAUCAUUCCAGCUCAGUAAUAUGACACAGUAACCGCUGUAGCUCACUUUCGACUUCUGCAGUUCGAUCGACACCUCUGGCCCACCGUAGGAUUGCAUAUGAAAUCACAUAUUUAUGGGAAACUUGUUAUUAUGUCUAACAUGAGAUUUGGACGUCGUAAUCGGAGGAUGCACUUCCUACAGCACGUUGUUGCUCGCUGGAUUAAAUUGUCGAGCUGAACGAGAUGUUUCCUGCCGUCAUCGUGGAGGACGAGCUGUGCCAAAAAUAAAAUAUCUAAUUUAUUUGUCUGAUCCAAAGUUAGACGCAGCUUCAGUGUUAAUGUGGAGGGACGACAGGAAGAAGAACCUCUUCAGUAUCGAUGUACAGACGUUCUGCUGAUGAAGACCCUCUGAAGUCACAGAACUGAACUGGGUAUCAGGGUCAGAUCCUGCUGGAUCCUGUUGGACCGUAUCAGGGCUGUUUGCACUGCUGAAGCCAUAAUUGUUGAAACAAACUGCAGACCUCAUCGCUCUGCUGCUCUCAGCUGUUCCCUUUCAGAACCUCAACCUGCUUUUUCUAUCACAUAAGACACACCUGUGUGACCUCUGACCUCCAACCGUGAGUUGAUUUGGACAUCCACAUUCACAAAAAUAUCAAACACCGGUUCCGUUUAGUAUUGUAACCUUGACUCUCUCUAGCAAACCAGCAUUUCCACCAGUUUUUUGGGGACAACCUGUAGAAUAUAACGCUUUGGUUGCCAAAGAAAACCUGAUAUAUUUUGGUUCCGAUCUGAUUUAUUUUUGGUGAAAAUCCUCCGAACAAUGCAAACUAGGCGUGCGACCUGGAACAGAGCCGGUUCCCUGUUGGUGGAAAAGGCCUGUGAGAAGCUGUGCGGUCGUAUUACAGGAACUUCCUUGUAGAUCCCAUCCUAGCUGUAAACAUGGUAAUAAGACUUGAACCAGAUUGACCCCCAAAUCCCACCGGAGCUGAUCGCGCUGGUUCUAGAUGAUGCUCGUAAUUCCAAUUCCAUGUAAUUUGGUGACUAUUUUUGACGGAAACUGCGAUUCACUCGCAUCAAGCAGCUCACAGCAGAUGACACUGACAGAAAGUCGGACACAGAAAUGCCAUAGAGAAUCUAGUCAGUUUAAGUAAAAUGACCCCGAAGAUUCAGAAUUUCACGCUACAUCAACACUGUAACAGGGAGUCAGUCAGUCAGAGGAGAUUUGUUUUCUUUUUAAGGAUUAAGUAAUACAAGUAAACACCAUCGGACAGGAAGAUGCUCUGAAACGCUCUCAGUGGGGUUUGAAGAUGGGUGUCCACAGAGCCAAAGCUCGCCACACACGUGACGGCAUAAAUACGUGCCCUGUGGAAAUUUGUGGGUUAGGUUUCACUGUUCCACCAACUAAUGCUAGCUGUUAAUCAGUUAGGCUGCUCUUUUAUUGCCAACAAAAUGCUAACAGGUAGAAGUUCUCCCUCUCUUAUAUCUCCAGUAUCCCUGCAGAUGUUUCCUCUAACUCCUCCGUCUUUAGGUUUGUUACAGAGUCAUUCAGCUCACUUAGACUCUUAACUUAGGAAGUGUCUGUAAUGCUCUUUAGCUCGCUGUUAGCGGCUCGUUACGUACCUCACAGGUGUCCCAGUUCCUAACACAGCCGAUCAGAUGGUCUCUGUGGGCGGGUUGAGCAGCAGAGCGAUGCGAGCUGUCUUCAGUAUUUUGACGGUACAGAGUUUCUCACUGUGAUGAGUUUGUGAAGCCACAGAAGGAAUUGAUGCCAUAUUCAGUGUUAUUGAUUAAUCUGUUCUGUUUGUUGUUUUCUGACAGUAUUACUUUGUUUUGCACAACUUCAGUAAGCACUUAUGUUUUUUAUUGAUGAUGACGAUGUUUCUAUGCAGAUGAUGUAACCAAAGUGUUGAAGCACAGUUCCUGUUGGAACCGACCACAGCAGCCUGUCUUAUUAACCUGACCAACUAUUAAACACAUUAUUAUUAUUGUUGUUA